GCCUGGAAGCCCAGGAGGCCGCGGACCCUCCGCCCCUCCGCGCCCCCCAAGGGGACAGCGCAGAAGUUCCCGGAGCCCACUUUUCGGCGAAGUGGUUGGAGACUGUGGGGAGCGACCAGACGCCAGGCGAGGUGGCUGUCCCGAGCGACCGCAGGCUGGGUGGACAGAUCUGAUGGCUCCGUGACCACCCGAGGGCCGCGGCAGGACGGCGUUUGCCCACAGACACACCCCACCCCGUCCUCAAGGAACAGCCGUCCCAGCCGGAGCCCAGUGUGAAGGCAGAGAUGGCGCUGAGCCCAGAGUCCCCAACCACGUUCCUUGCGCUGGCUGUGUCAGGCAGUGCCACGCCCAAGCCACCUGGUGGCCCCAAUGUGUCCCUCAACAGCUCCUGGACCAGCCCGACGGAGCCUGGCUCCUUGCAGGACCUGGUGGCCAUGGGGGCCCUCGGGGCAGUGCUCUCAGCCAUGGGUCUGGUGGGCAUGGUGGGCAAUGUGUACACGCUGGUGGUCACAUGCCGCUUCCUGCGCACCUCGGCCUCCAUGUACGCCUACGUGGUGAACCUGGCUCUGGCAGACCUGCUGUACCUGCUCAGCAUCCCCUUCAUUGUGGCCACCUACAUCACCAAGGACUGGCACUUUGGUGAUGUGGGCUGCCGCGUCCUCUUCAGCCUGGAUUUCCUGACCAUGCAUGCCAGCAUCUUCACCCUGACCGUCAUGAGCAGUGAGCGCCAUGCUGCAGUGUUGAGGCCCCUGGACACCGCGCAGCGCUCCAAGGGCUACCGCAAGCUGCUGGUGCUGGGCACCUGGCUGCUGGCACUGCUACUGACCCUGCCCAUGAUGCUCGCCAUCCGGCUGGUCCACAGGGGCCCCAAGAGUCUCUGCCUGCCGGCCUGGGGCCCACGUGCACACCGAGCCUACCUGACACUGCUCUUUGGGACCAGCAUCGUGGGGCCCGGCCUGGUCAUCGGGCUGCUCUACGCCCGCCUGGCCCGGGCCUACUGGCUGUCACAGCUGGCCUCCUGCAGGCAGACACGGCGGCUGCCCAACCCCAGGGUGCUCCGCCUCAUCCUCAGCGUUGUCCUGCUCUUCUGGGCCUGCUUCCUGCCCUUCUGGCUGUGGCAGCUGCUCUCCCAGUACCACGAGGCCCUGCCGCUGGCGCCCCGGACAGCGCGCCUCGUCAACUACCUGACCACCUGCCUCACCUACGGCAACAGCUGCCUCAACCCCUUCCUCUACACGCUGCUCACCAAGAACUACCGCGAGCACGUGCGGGGACGCCCACGCUCCAGGGGCAGCAGUGGCCAUGGGGGCACCAGCAGCUUCCUGCCCAGUCACGUCCACUUCCAGAGGGACUCAGGACACUCACUGUCCUCCAGCAGCCAACAGGCCACGGAGACCCUCAUACUGUCCCCUGUGGCCGCUGGUGGGGCCUGUGUCUGAGUCCCCUGUGUGAGCCUACUGGUCAGGGAGUCCAGGCAGGGAAGGCCCCAGAGCCCAGGUCAUGCCCUGCGGCCCUUCCCAAGCGCCCACUCCCAGCUGGCCUCUGCUGCUCUUCCUCCACCUUCUUCUGUUUCUUGCUGCUGCCCUCAGCGAGCUGGCCACGUCCCCACCAUGUGCAGAUGCUCCUCCCGCACACGUCUCUGGAGCCAGGCCUGCCUCCCAGGCCCACGGGGGUCUGAUGCCCAGCCUUGUGGUCCCAGAGCAGCCCUUCUGCCCUCUUGGCUGGGAAGGCCGUGGGCACCUCUUCCCUGUCCCCUGCCCCAGCCCUCCUGGCCUCUGCUCUUCCCUGCUUGGCCCUGGGCACAA